AUUUCCGAGUUUCCCAGGUGUUUUGAACGAUGCACAAUCAAAGCGUUUGCUACCAAACUUGACAAUGGCCUAAUGUCACGAAAAAUAUAACAAGUUAAUACGUGUGUUUAAUUCAACUCGCUAGUUAUGGAUGAAUAUUAUGAAAGUAUUGUUUUCCGAAGUGAAAGAGUCGAGGAUAACGCGUCUUUAGCUGUGGCUACUGACGACUCCGCACUGGUAAAGGCCUAUGAAGACGCCCUCCGAACAUUUCGGAGCUGUAAUGAUGAAAAAGAGAGCAAAGAGAAGCUUGGAAACAACCCACCGAAAUUGACAGACUCAAAACUCCCCAAAUCUCAUGUGUUGAGUAAGGAGCCGGUUGAACCAAAGGCAAACUCAAAGAGGGCUGAAAAAGAGAGCGGUGAGAAGCUUGCAGACAAUCCGCAGACACUGUCUGAAUCAUAUGUGCCGACCAAAGGACCAGUUGACCCGAAGACAAACUCAAAGGUGUGGAGGCUGGGAAACCGGUGUCGUGCGGUGUACUCCGAGGAUGGCCUGGUUUACCCAGCGGUGCUGGUGUGGUUGAGAGGCGACCACUGCCGGGUGAAGUUUGAAGGCUACGGGAAUGAGGAAGAGCUGGAACUGAGCAGCCUGCUAUCUCCAGUAGAACUGGGAGGCCACAGAGGAAGAGUUGAUGCCAAAGUGCAACAAGGGGCUGUUGAUGGGUUCAGCUCCACUAGUAACAACAUUGCUGAUUGGAAGAGGAUGGAAAGAGAUUGGAGGACAGCUCAACAAGAGGGACGAGAGGAGCUGUCCUCACCUCAGCCACCUAAGUUUGCUCCAGUGAGUCUGGGUGCUGUUCCCACUGUUUCAGGACACCUGGAAUACAUUGUUGACCAAUGGCCAUGCUUUACUGAGGGAAAAGACUAUGGCAAAAGCAGCUAUGACUUUGGCAAGGAGCAUGGGGAUAAGAAGAAGCCAAGUGGCCGGCGAGAGGUACCAAACAAUCACCCCUUUUCCUUCUUUCCUCCAGUGCCACCGCCCAAGGACUCUCUGGACUUCCUGCCUCCUCCUCCACCUCCACCGUGUGUAUGGCCCCUCCGAGCAGUGCUGGCCGAUGCUAGCGAUGGGCUAGACUCAGCCGUGACAGACAUAUCCAGCAUGCUCCUGUCCUGGUACCUGUGUGGCUACCACACCGGCUGCUACAUGGCAAUGCAACAGACGAAAACAAGUCGCAGAAGGGCUGAUAAAGAGAAACAGGCAGAGGAAUAAGGUCUAUUUGAAUCUUACACAAGUAAAGGCCUAAGUUUUGCAGUCACUGAAGAUUGCAGGCUGAGUACUUCUCGUAUGAGGAUAUAUUAGGACCGAAGAUACCACCCUAGGGAAUUCCACAGUGUGAUGCGGAUCAGCAAUGUGCAGUUGGCAAAGGUGCAAGAAUUGGGAAGUUGUGCGAGUGUUCACGGGGAACGAGGGAAUCGAGGAUGACAGCUACCAUCUGAUCAAUCAUCACACUCUACAUUAAGUACUGCAGUGCAUCUCCUCAUGGACUGCACCAGAUUUGCCUGUUCUUGCUGUGAGAUGUUACCCUGCUCUUCUACCAAGGCACCUGCAUGUUCCCAGACAUUUCUGGGGGGAAUGGCCCUAGCCCUCACUCUCCGAUCCAACAGGUCCCAGGCGUGCUCAAUGGGAUUGAGAUCCGGGCUCUUCGCUGGCCAUACCAGAAAACUGACAUUCCUGUCUUGCAGGAAAUCACACACAGAACAAGCAGUAUGGCUGGUGGCAUGGGCAUGCUGGAGGGUCAUGUCAGGAUGAGCCUGCAGGAAGGGUACCACAUGAGGGAGGAGGAUGUCUUCCCUGUAACGCACAGCGUGAAGAUUGCCUGCAAUGACAACAAGCUCAGUCCGAUGAUGCUAUGACACACCGCCCCAGACCAUGACCACCGACCCAUCCUGCUCCAGAGUACAGGCCUCGGUGUAACGCUCAUUCCUUCGACGAUAAACGUGAAUCCGACCAUCACCCCUGGUGAGAUAAAACCGCAACUCGUCAGUGAAGAGCACAUUUGUCAGUCCUGUCUGGUCCAGCGAUGGUGGGUUUGUGCCCAUAGGCGACGUUGUUGCCUGUGAUGUUUGGUGAGGACCUGCCUUAGAACAGGCCUACAAGCCCUGUCCAGCCUCUCUCAGACUUUCGCAGACAGUCUGAGCAAUGAUGGAGGGAUUGUGCGUUCCUGGUGUAACUCGGGCAGUUGUUGUUGCCAUCCUGUACCUGUCCCGCAGGUGUGAUGUUCAGAUGUACCGAUCCUGUGCAGUUGUUGUUACUCUGCCAUUGCGAGGAUGUUCAGCUGUCCGUCCUGUCUCCCCACUGCCUUAGGUGUCUCACAGUACGGAAUUCCAAUGUAUUGCCCUGGCCAUAUCUGCAGUCUUUUAGUUAGAUUAAACUUUGUCAUUGAACAGUACUUGUGUACACCACAAUGAAAUGCUGUUCGCAUCUAACCAGAAGUGCAAAUAAAAGAGUACAAAAAAUGUACAAUUAAGUACAGUAUAUGUAUAUUUUUUGCCCUUUUUUCUCCCCAAUUUCGUAGUGUCCAAUUGUUGUAGUAGCUACUAUCUUGUCUCAUCGUUACAACUCACGUACGGGCUCGGGAGAGACGAAGGUUGAAAGUCAUGCGUCCUCUGAUACACAACCCAACCCAACCUGGCAACCUUGGUUAGCGCGCACUGCGCCCGGCCCGCCACAGGAGUCGCUGGUGUGCGAUGAGACACACUCCUAAAUAACGACUACAAAAUUAUCGCCUCAAUCUUUGUGAAGGGUUAAAGUCAUGCUUGAAUGAUCUGAUUGAUGAAUGUCAAUCAGGGUUUAUGAAAGGGCGCCAUAUAUCUAAUAAUCUGAGGCUGGUCUAUUGGUUGACUUCCCUGUUAUCUUAUUUUGGGAUUUUCAGAAAGCAUUUGAUACCGUAAGUCACAAUUUUAUCUUUGAUUGUCUUAAGCAUUUGAAGUUUGAACCUUUUUUUGUUGAUGCUAUUAGAACUCUGUAUAAUGAUGGCAAUAGCUUUAUCAAACUCUUUCAUGGAACAUUCUCAAGGUUUAACAUUUACAAAGGAAUACGACAAGGUUGUCCAAUCUCACCUUUUUAUUUUUGUUAGUAUCUCAAAUCUUAUGCUCACUAGUUUAUCAAAGUCCAUUUGAAGGCAUUACAUUCCAGGCCUGAGAGAUCAAGAUAUCCCGACUGGUGGAUGACACCUCACUUUUUUUGAAAAAUGUGUCACAAGCUAGAUUAGCAUUGGAUAUUGUGAAGCAGUUCUCCAAAAUCUCAGGUUUGGUUUUAAAUCUUUCCAACUGUGAGAUGUUUGUUCUGAAAGGAGCUGUCAAUCAGCAUCUCUGAAAAAGAUACUGUAACAUACCUCGGUGUAAAGAUCACCAAACAUCUUAAGGCGGUGAAUGUUCUUAAUUUGAAUCCUGUAACUGGAUCUAUCAAAAGAUAGAGUGCUUUUAUCAAAAGCUGAGGGGCUAUCUCGUGCAUCCUAUCUUUUUUUCAUCUAUUGACUUUCCCAAAUCGACUUGCUGUACCUUAGAUAGGCUAUUGUACAACUUCAUCUGGAAAAACAAGCCACAUAAGAAAAUAGAUGUUAUCACCAACAGGGUUUGUGAUGGCAGUCUAAAUGUCUUAGACUUCACUCUCUUUAAUCAGAUAUCAAACGUCAUUUAAAAAAUUAACAUAGUUUCUGGAAUAUUAUAUCUCAUUUUGUUUUCAGAAGCUCUGGGCUUAUUUUUUUACUACAAUGUCCCUAUAUUGUGGGUAAACUUCUUGUGAAAUUGGUGGAUUUUCACAAGCAGGCUUUAACGUCCUGGGCUUUGCUGUAUAAAAACAACUUUUCACCUCAUAGAUGUUUUAUAUGGAAUAAUGGGUCAAUAUUACUUAGAAACAGGAUGCUAUUUUACCGUAACUGGUUCUCAAAAAAACAUUGUCCAUGUCAGCCAAUUAGUUAAUAUUAGUGGGAAUCUAUUUACGCAGAGAGAAUUUAUGGAAAGAUACAACUGUGAGGUUUCAAGCUAGGAAAAUGACACUGUUAUAAAAGCUAUAACUAGUGGGAUAAAAACUUUACUUCAGAAUAAUGCAUAUUUUGGAACAUCUCCUAUUGUAAGCGAUAUCCAGGUGAAUGGCAUAAGUUUAUUAGAUAAUAAAUUCAAUUCAAUUGUUUAUUAAGGGAUGUUUUAUACAGGAAUUUGAUUGUUUGAUGUAAACUGGCGCCAUGCUUGGCUCACUCCACACAAAUGUAUGGUGACCAAUAAAGUAAAGGAUAUCUCCUUUAUGAUUAUCCAUAGAUUCUACCCGUGUAAUAGCUUGAUUUCUAAAUAUAUACCUAAUGUUACCAGUGAACGCAGUUUUUCUGAACUAGAAACGGAAUCUAUCGAACACUUAUUCUGUAAUUGUUACAUUGUUACUACACUGAUUCCACAAUUGAAUGUCAGUAUGUCAUAAAUCUCUUUAUUUUAUUAGGAACAUUUAUCAAACAAAUCAAAAUGUAUCUGAUUUGGAAAACUAUUUUGAAUCAUUAAAACGUAUACAAAACAAAAUGUAAAACAAAGGAUUCGAUACAUGUCUGUAUUUGAUUUGAUAUAAUGUGGAUUUGUAUUAUUUUUCUCCUAAUUAUUUCUUUGUGUAAUCCCUCUGGCUGUUCUGUGUUUUGUGUUUUGCAUG